AUGUUAUUCGUCGAGUGCAAAGGCACACCGUACGAAAUCGGCCAUGACCACGGCUCCGCCGCCAAAGCUCCAAUAGCCCGCUGCAUCACCUUCUACGCCGCCCUCUUCCUCCAAAACUGCUCACAAACCUGGCCGCAAGUGCUACAUCACGCCUCACGCUUCGAGCAGCAGGCGCGUGCCCAAUGGCCCGCGUACCACGAAGAGAUGCGCGGCAUAGCCGAUGGCGCAGAGAGGGAUCUCUUGGAGAUUGUGGCGCUAAAUGUGCGGACGGAGAUAAAUUUUGGCUUGUUUAGCGAUGGGUGUACGGCGUUGGGGUGGCGGACUCAGAGGCGUACGUGGCUGGCGCAGAAUUGGGAUUGGAUGGGUGAGCAAAAGCAAAAUCUCAUCGUCACAAAGAUCACGCAAGCUGGGAAACCAACGAUCGUGCAAGUCACCGAGGCGGGGAUUAUCGGGAAGAUAGGUUUUAAUAGCCUCGGUGUCGGCACGACGCUGAAUGCUAUUCGGGUCCGUGGCGUAGAUGCGUCGCGUCUGCCUGUUCAUUUUGGCCUGCGCAUGGCGCUGGAGAGUUCGUGUGUUGCGGACGCUGUGCAGAACCUGGAAGGCUUUGGUAUGGCUUCUUCGGGGCAUAUUUUACUCGCUGAUCCAGACACGUGCGUGGGGCUCGAGUUUACAAAGUCGACGUUUGCACACUGUGUACCGGGUAGUGCGGGUCGUGUGAUUCACACGAAUCAUCUGCUCAUGGAGCAUCCUGGAGAAAAGGACACGGUGUGGCUGAGCGAUUCGUUGAGUCGAGUGUCUACAAUGGAGGAGAAUGCAGCAAACAUUGGAAGCGAGCCAAGCUGGGAAGACGUGAGCAAGCUGUUUGAAGACGAACAAAACUCUCCUGGGGCGAUUUGCAGGUUGGAAACACCGCAGACGGGUAGUGCAACCUUGUUUAACAUUGUGAUGGAUUUGAAGAGCAAGAAGGCAGUCGUCAAAUUGGGACGGCCAACUCAGGUGAAUGAGACUAUCAAUCUUGAGUUGUAA